GCCAGUGGGCGGGGCCUCGGGCGACGCCCCGCGGGCCGCUGGGAGCAGCGUCGUCCGUGUUGCUCCCGGCUGGCGGGCGCAGCGCGGGGGCCGGUUCGGGGCGUGCCGGCUGGGCCGCAGGUGUCAUGUGGCCUGUGCUCUGGACCGUGGUGCGGACCUACGCUCCCUAUGUCACCUUUCCUGUGGCCUUCGUGGUCGGGGCUGUGGGCUACCACCUGGAAUGGUUCAUCAGGGGAAAGGACCCUCAGCCUGUGGAGGAGGAAAAGAGCAUCUUGGAACGCCGGGAGGACCGAAAGCUGGAUGAGCUGCUAGGCAAGGACCACACUCAGGUGGUGAGCCUUAAGGACAAACUGGAAUUUGCCCCCAAAGCAGUCCUGAACAGAAACCGUCCAGAGAAGAAUUAAUGGAGGGCCCAGGCCCCUGUGGUCCACAGGGCUGUGACGUGCCCUGCCGCCAUGUCGACCCAGCUUCAGAACAUCUGAUUUGCUUUGCUGCUCUCUCCGGCCCCUUCUGCACCCCACGGCCGCACACACAUACUGGUUGGCCCUUUAUGGCUGUCCAGCUGCAGCAGUAGGGGCCAAAGAAGAGGAAGACCGCGUCUGUUGAAUGGGCUGUCUCCAUGACAGUGCAGGUUUCUGAUCUUACCUGGGAGCUCCAGCCCAGGGGAAUGAACACCGCUCUGAGGCUCUCUGGGGAGGGGCGUGGCCCCAACUGGGAAUGGUUGGGGUUUGUUGUUGCCAUUAGGAGGGGCACCUCCAUGUCUAGUUCUAGUUUUGCACUGGAAAGAAUCAGAACUCCCUGGCUCCCUUGAUGGUUUUUCCCUAUUCUCUGGCACAUGUGUCCCUUUACUGGCUCAGGAGUAGAUUCUCGGGAAGGAAAGCAUGUUUCUGCUGUAGGGAGCUCAGGUGGUUUACCUUGGGGCAGAAGGGGUGUACGCCUGGAGAUAAUCACUGUCUUCCACCCUUCCUCACUGUGUAGUGAGAACCUCAAUUAAAGUGGCGCCUAAGACACA